AUGGCGACGGCUGUGCUGAACCUGCCCGGGAUCUUUGAAAACUUGAGGUCACAAAUCGACGCUCUCAAUGAAAGCGUCGAACCCCAGUUCAUACAGAUGGCACAUAACUUUGACGACUGCCGUCGAAAAUGGCUCAGAGUCGAGCACGAGCUGAGUUCUUGCAGGGAGAACCUCACCAAAACGGAGACUGAGAGGGGCGCGUUGGAGGUCAAACUCAAGCACGCCCGCAAUCAGGUAGACGUGGAGAUCAAGCGUCGCCAGAAGGCUGAGGCCGACUGUGAGAAGUUGGACCAUCAGAUCCAGUUGAUCCGGGAGCUCCUGAUCAAUGAGGGUUCUAGUAAUAGCAUUCGUCUUAACGAGGAGCAGCGCUCAGCUCUGGCCUUCCUCAAUACGCAUUGUCAGGCACCUCCAAAUUUAAAUACCAGCCGAAGGCUGGCGACCAUAGAUGAGUCUGCUUCCAUCUUGUCAGACAUUAGCUAUGACAAAACAGACGACUCUCUCGAUUGGGACUCAUCAGUUGUGAGAACGGUGCGACUCAAGAAACGAGAAAAAAGGCGCUCCUCAAGGAAUUUUGUUGAUGGUCCUCCGGUUGCCUCCAAAAAGUCUCGAUCCACAGGGAGAACUUCAGAGAGGGGAAAUGAGUCCAUUGUGGCCAAGACCAUAGUGACUGUGCCUGAGAAUGGAGGACCUGUUGAAGCGGUUUCUACUAUUGAGAGUUUUCCCUACUGGACCCGGAGCAAGAGAAAGACCAGUGAGAUUUCUGCUUGGGACUCUGAAUCUGUCACGUCUGCAGAUGUCUUCAAACAGCCUAGCAAACCAGAGAGAGAAAUGAAAAUUGCACCCAGCACUCCACAAGGCAACGGGGGAGUCCGUACUCAUGACUUUGUCUCAAAAACUGUAAUCAAGCCAGAGUCUUGUGUACCCUGUGGCAAAAGGAUCAAGUUUGGGAAGGUUUCGCUCAAGUGUCGUGACUGCAGAGUUGUCGCACACCCUGACUGCUGUGAGCGUUGCCCCCUGCCAUGUAUCCCCAACUUUGGGGGCACACCUGUCAAAAUUGGGGAGGGCACACUUUCAGACUAUGUCUCAGACACAUCUCCCAUGAUUCCGCCUCUGGUUGUCCACUGUAUCAAUGAGAUUGAGCAAAGAGGGCUGCAUGAGACUGGACUGUAUCGGCUAUCUGGGGCUGAGCGUACAGUGAGAGAGCUGAAGGAGAAGUUCCUGCGCAGUAAGACCAUCCCUCUGCUCAGCAAGGUGGAGGACAUCCAUGCUAUCACUGGCCUCCUCAAGGACUUCCUGAGGAACUUAAAAGAGCCAUUGCUCACCUUCUGUCUCAACAAAGUCUUCAUGGAAGCUGCAGAGGUUCCAGAUGAUGACAAUAGCGUGGCUCUCAUGUAUCAAACCAUCAGUGACCUGCCAAAGGCCAAUAGGGACACACUGGCUUUCUUAGCCAUUCAUCUUCAGAGAGUUGCACAGAGUGAGGACACAAAGAUGGACAUCGGCAACCUUGCUCGAGUGUUUGGGCCGACUAUCGUUGGUCAUGCAGUCUCUAACCCGGAACCCAUGACAAUCCUGCAGGACACCAAACGACAGCCGAAGGUUGUAGAGCGUCUACUGGCGCUGCCUGUAGAAUACUGGAACCAGUUCGUGAUGGUGGAUCACGACCAGCGGAACACAGAUCACAUGAUCAUUGAGAACACCAACUGCUAUUCCACCCCUGAUAUGAAAAUAAGCAUACUGGGGCCUCUCACCACUCCAGAGCACCAGCUAAGCAAAACUCCCUCCUCCAGCUCUCUAUCUCAACGCGUGAGGUCCACUCUGACGCCUAGAUUCGGGAGCAAGAGCAAAUCAGCUGUGGGGUCUUCUCGCCAAGGACAUUUCUUUGCAUCUCCACUGCUGAAGUAA